UUAAAAAUUACUGUUGAUCCAAGACGGAAAAAAAAGGUACAACAAUUGCAUAAUAGGAAAAAAUAUUCAUUAUCCGCUAAUUCACUUCACUGUUAUUAUCCAUAAUAUGUAUACACUGUGCAUCGUACGUUCGCGCGUAUGGUGCGCGUGUGCAUGCAUGCACGCGCGUGUUUACUCAUUAGUCGACAUUCCUAACAGUGAACUAGAGCUCGCUUGCUAUGGUCGUCAUCAUUGGGAUCACCGAUUCCAACAGGUGUCGCAUCAUCCGAACUGAUUCAAACCUCGUUUUAUCGUAUGUAACCCGAAAAAAACUCGAACUGUGUCGCAAAAAAAAAACACUGAGAAACAAAAAGGAUGUAUUUGCACGCUAUACCUCGACAAAAUGACCGAUGACGAGAAGUCACAAACUGGAUAUUCUACAGUUCCACUCGCCAGUUACGUUUUGCUGUCAUGGCUGUCAGCCAUGUUUACUUAUCGAGGACGUUUUCAUACACGAGAACGGGCGUUAAGUAUUUAGAUUUGAGAAAAGUUGAAAAUUUGCCGCGGUGUGCGGUAACCUCGUUGCAGGUUGCCAAGCGAAAGAGCAUAUCAGCAAAGAGAUAAUGUUCCACGUGAUGAUGGUGUCGUAGCGAAUAAAAAGAAUGGAGGAUGACAUCGAUAUUUACGAAGAUUUAUCGAAUUUCGAGACAAAAAGCGGCGAAAACUUUGUAGGGAAGAAGGAGGAAGAUAUCGCGGGAGGCGAACAGAUUGAAUUAAAGAAGCGAAUUACAGAACUGACGAUAAAGUUGGAAGAUUUUCAAAAAGUAAAUGAAAAUCUUGAAAUGAAUUUAAUUUCGUUAUUGAAAACCGCUAAAGCGGAAAUCGCACGGAAGGACACGGUGAUAGAUGAUUUAAGAAGAAAACUGGAGAACGCAGCGUUUAGGAGAGGCGUGUAUUCGAAAUCUGACAAAGAUGUCGUUCAUGAUUCUACUGCUCGAAACGAUGUGGUGAACAACUACCAAGCAUCGAGUGCUCCCCGUGUAUCCUUUGAGGAAAACGAACGCGAAAGCUCUAAUUGGAAUACACGGUAUCAUUGCAUUAAAGAACAACAAAGAGAAUCAACGUUAACUUCUAUCACAGUGUUUAGUGAACGAUUACGUAAAAGGAUCAUGGACGAACAACGUCUAGAAAAGAAAGAUAAUAACAGUGAACGCACCGUUACUGCUACUACUACUGCUACUCAAGCUACUACUACUACUAACACUGCUAUUGCAACUACUACUACCACUAAUAAUAAUGAUAGUAGUAGUAGUAAUAAUAAUAAUCACGACAACAAGAGUAGUAUUAAGAAGAAAGAGGGUGCAGAAAAGUAUAUAGGCGAAAGCGACAAAGAAAACGGCUCUUUCGUUAGUAAAAAUUUCUGUAACGGUAAAAGCGUCGAGGCUGGUAUCGUACGAUACACGGACUUAGAAUGUACGAAAAGUCUUGUAGCUAUGUCAAGAAGUAGAAAAAAUUCUGAAACAGAGGAUAAAAGCGAAAUAGAUGGAAAAAGCAGGGGAACAUCGUUGACCAAUGUGAAACGUAUAGGAAAAAGAACACGCGAAGAAACGCGAGAACGCGAUUCCGUGAAACGAAGAAAAUUCGAAGAGGGAAAAGAUUUAAUAGAAUCGACGAGGAAAGAAUGUAAGAGGAACGCGAGCGAGUUAGCGGAGGAAAUGGGCGAUGCAUUCGAGUAUACGAGUUCGGUGAUCGAAUGUUCCAGCAGUAUAAAGAAAAAGCGGCAUAUUCUAAAAAUUUGGGACGCGGGCUACGCUGAUGGCAACGAUUCGGUUAGAAGAGCGAAGAAGCAGGAAAAGGAGAAGGAAAAAGAAGCGCGGAGAAGGUCAAAAAAGGAGAGCGAAGCGUCACGCGAAAAAAGUGUGACGUAUGGACGUUUCGAGAUGCGACGAAACGAGUCCAGCGAAAAUGUUAUAUUCGAUUCGGACGAGAGAAACGCGAGCGAUCGUUUUCUCGAGAUCUCGAAGAAAUACAAUCAUCGAAGUAACGUCGAAUAUCGAAGUGGUAAGAAAAGAGAAGAUCGUUACGCCGUCGGUGGCGUCGACUAUCGGUCGUUUCGCUCGAGAGAAGCAGCAUCGCACGCGAAGUGUCAGGAGGGAAAAUACGUUGGAAGCGAGCGUACGAGACAUACCGGUUACAGCGAUAAAUUUGGAAAGCGAUACGAUUAUCGAGGCGUCAGCACGGAUAAAUCGAAGACGGUACACGAGCAAUUGUAUGGUUCGCGAGAUACCAAAGAACUGUCCAGCCUCGAUCGAAGUUCGAUCGAUAGGAAAACGAACGGCUCGAAAGAAAAUAAUCGUUACGGGAGAUACGAGCGUCGAAGAUCAAGAGGAAGCAUUGACGAAGUUAGUAAACUCGAACGGGGAAGAGAAAACGAGUGCAACGAACAAGAUUUGCGUCGCCGGAUUAAUACGGAAAGAUCAUCGAGGGAACGCGUAAACGAACGGGAAAUUUUGAGACGAUCCGACAAGAAAAGCGAUCGAAUCGAACGAAUCUUCGAAACGAAUAAUGAACAAAUUAAAGAUCGCAAAGAAUCGGAAAAGCGCGCGAACGAAUCGCAAGAUCCAUUAUCGGAUUUAGAGGAGGGUGAGCUGGAAAGUAAUUGGGAAGAAAGCGAUAAGUGGAAAAGAUGCGUGAAAAGGGAGAGCGGAGAGAGUAUUGAGGAACCGUUCAAUCCUUCGAACGUCCAUAGCAGCAAUCGUUCGAUGAAACAGAACCCGCUCGAAACGGAGAAGAAUGAUUCUGGAAGUGUCCAAGUUAACGAAAGCGUAGAAAACCUGGAGAACAUUGAGAAGUUUAUUCGCGAAUUGGCAUCCGAUGAUUUAAAUCGUGAGGGAACGCGCGUUAUGGCAUCGGAAACGGGAACGGGAACGGAAACGGAAACGGAAACGGAAACGAAAAUAAAAACGGAAACGGAAACAAUUGGUUCAGAAGAGGCGAACGAAAAUAUGCUAGUAUCGUCCGAGCAAGGUAUCGAAAAGAAAUCCGCCGUUGACGACGACGUUAAAAAAUACGUGCCUGAAGAACAGGAAACGAAGGAGAAAGAAGAAUCGUUCGAAGCAGAAAUCAGGCAUUCCGAUAUUUCGAAGAGCGAGAAUUUUCUUGGAAACGAGUACUCCGCGAAACAGACCUGUCGUCUAGAAGUUGGCAAAGUUUUGUCGACCAGAAUGACAUCGAACAACAUUCAUAUAUCAAACGAGACAACUAAUGAAACAUCGCGGGAUCGAGCCGAGACAGAUCGUCCGCUCGAGAAUAUUGCCGAGGACGAUCUUCUUCUUCUUCUGGGCAAUGAGUCGCCACAUUCUCGCUUCUUUAUUGAUCCUUCGAGAUCGACGGGAAAAGCAAGCAAUGACGAAGACAAAAAUACUAUGGAUAUCGGUAAUAGUAACGGUAACCACGAUCACGAUAACGAACAAAAAAUCGAUCGAAACGAUUUCGCGAAUUGCGUAAAUGUUGAGAAGAAGGGGGAAGAAGAAAGGAAAGAAACAGAGGGAUCAAAAGAAUGUACGAAGUUACCGAUUCGAAGAAAGGACAACACGAGCACAAAUUCGAAACUUGCGACGUUGAACGUUCAUGGAAAAAUAGUCGUAUUCGUUCGUCGCAAAAAACCUGUUUGCUUGGCAGAUAAUAACGCGAAUAUGACCGUAAUCGUAAACGACAAGAAACACGAAUAUAAGGCGAUCGAUUCGUCUGAUCGCGUUAGCGAAAGCGAUGCGAUGCUGUGCCGUGACUCGAAUUCGAAAAUAGCGGAAACGGCCGACGGUGAAACAAGAAAGGUUAACUAAUUGUCCUUGUAAUCGAUUAUCUGUACGCGAACCAAAAUUCUGUAUUUUUUUCUUCUUCUUAUGUUUCUAUUUAAUUUCAUUCGUUUAUGAACAAACGAUCGCGUACAAUGGAAACUACGUUCGAUUUGUAAGAAUUGCAAUAGAAAUUUAUCUAUGUAAGAAAAGUUGCUACUCGCGUUCGGCUGCUGUUUGGUUCGAUUACACAAACAAUAGACUCGUACAAAUUUCUGUAAAUAACGCGUGCGAGUGUGUAUAUAUAUAUAUAUAUUAUGAAAGAGCUGUCUUUGUACA